CACACACUCGCCCUUCCCUGUAGGCUACAGAACACCUGUGAAGCUACACCAACUCCAGCAUAGACACAUUGACGUGUGAGGCUCAGAGCCCACCUGGAGUGUGUUCUAUUGGAUAGACCUGAAACACAGGGGAGGGAGGUGCUGGGAUUGUCCUGGGUUGGUCGUACACACACACAGGAGGGGUGUUCUUUUCUUCACCAGUCACUGCCACAAGGAUCCAUGGUCUCUCUGAGGAGGGGAACUGUCUGCACUCAUGGAGAAACAAGGAGGAAAUGGAUGUAAACGUCAAGUUGUGGUCGAGAGCCCUGUACGACCACUGCGGUUUCUGGUGCGGCCGUGUUUCAUCUUCCUCCUCUUCCUGUCCACGGUCAUCGUGAUCAUCCUCUUAGGUUUUCCUGACAGAUUCUCCCAGACAGACUGGUGGAAAAACCUAUCACUGUACACAUACUACCAUAGAUGGACCAACCCCGACCGCCACCGUGGACCAUCCCCAACCACCAUUCCCCCAACCACAGUACCAGCCCCAACCUCAACCACCAUACGCCCGCUACCAACCAAUCACAACCACUUGGGCUACCCUCGUAACUACCACUUCAUCGUAGACGAACCGGACAAGUGUAAUACCCAGACCCCGUUCCUGGUGCUGAUAGUCCCCGUGGCGCCCGGUAACCUGGCCGCCAGGGACGCCAUCCGCAGGACGUGGGGUAAUGAGACCCUGGUGCAGGGGAAGAAGGUACAGACGCUAUUCAUGCUAGGACUUCCUGGAGGACCAGUUGCCCAGGAGCUGCAGGAGAAGGUGAACCAGGAGAGCCAAGUGCAUCAUGAUCUACUCCAGAGCAACUUCCUGGACUCUUACCUCAACCUCACCAUUAAGACCAUGGUGAUUAUGGACUGGCUGGCCACCCACUGCACCAAUGCCACCUACGCCAUGAAGAUUGACUCAGACAUGUUCCUCAACGUAGAGAACCUGAUGACUAUGUUGCUGAGACCGGACGUCCCCGAGGUGAACUACCUGACAGGGAUGCUGAUGUGGAAUCGACCGGUCAUCCGGAACCCCAACUCUAAAUGGUAUGUUCCGGUGGAGAUGUUAGCCGACGACCGAUACCCGACCUACACACUUGGUAUGGGAUACGUGUUCUCCAACGACCUGCCGGAGAGGUUCGUGGCGGUAUCCAAGGACAUCAAGCUUUUUAAUAUAGAAGACGCCUAUGUUGGCGCCUGUAUGAAGAAACUGGGCCUCUCGCCCACAAACUCACCAGAUCCUUGGCAAUGGAAGGCCUAUCUCGGCAAGUACAAUCGCUGUGAAUUUUCCAAAGUCAUCACCUAUAUUUUGAGCCGCUCGUCCCAGAUAGUGGAAUACUGGAUGGACCUGAAGAAGACACCUGGUUCACCCUGUCACUGACCUAGUGUCCAUUUGGUAUUUUUCAUCCUAAUGGUCGAGUCUAAGUCUUUAGGUAGCCAAACAUAUAUAUAUACAUGUAUAUAUCGAUGAAAGAAACACAGCUGUAGCUCUGCCACCUUCCACCUCAGAUGUGGAAGGCUGACAUCGGCGCAUGUGGUGGAUUGAGAUGCAGCCCAUGCAAUAAAACAGAUAUCUCUAGCUUAAACAGACCGUUUCUGAUGGGAAUUUUUAUGUUACGCUUAUUCAAUUUCCGCACGGACAUUGACUCUGGUACUAGUACUAAGUUUCAGGGACUCUAUCAGUGUCCGAGGGGCAGGUAGCUGAGUGGAUAGUGUUGUGCCAGUAACUGAAAGGUUGCUAGUUCAAAUCCCCUAACAGACAAGGUGAAAAAUAUCUGUCGAUGUGCCCUUGAGCAAGGCACUUAACCCUAAUUUCUUCAAUGUUGAUAAUGACUGACCUUGGCUGUAACCCCAUUCUUGGGGGGAGUUGAGAUAUGCAAAAAAAAAAAAAAAAAAUCAAACGUGUAUAAAACACACUUUUAGAUGUGUGAAUCAGGACAAAUAUAAGCACCCACUGGCACCUGGGGCACCCUGUUAGGACUCAAUUACCCAUAAUGACAUUGGGUAGGGUAGGAAAUAAAGAUGGGUGGUGGUGGGGUUGGUCGGGAUGAUGAAGUUAGGUCAUUGAGUAGUUCUGAACUUGUAAUGACUGUCGGAAUGUGAUAUCUUACUUUCAAAGUCUUAAUUUACAAUGGUGGAACAUACUUUGCAAAGGGAUCUUUUGUGAUUUUGUGAUCCCGAAUCUCAGGAAUCCAAACAAAUCCAGACAGAUAGGAGGAUGGGAUCAGCACCUGUCUAGUCUCUUGUGAUAGAUUAACACUUUCACAGGCCAAAACUCACACAAGAUUUGUCUCUGUUCACACAAGAUUUGUCUCUGUUCACACAAGAUUUGUCUCUGUUCACACAAGAUUUGUCUCUGUUCACACAAGAUUUGUCUCUGUUCACACAAGAUUUGUCUCUGUUCACACAAGAUUUGUCUCUGCCCACACGAGAUUUGUCUCUGUGUUACAUGAUCAUCUGUCUGCCAAAUUCCAUGGUGUUGUGACACCAUUCGGGAGACGGUGUUCUAGAAACCAGUUGGGUAACCUGUAAGAAACACAAAAGCCAUCCAUUAUGAAUGAUUCAGUCUCUAACUCUCAAAAACAAUUGAAAGGAAGAUUAUUCUGUACAUAAAAAAAAUGGUUUUGUCAAGAUGUAUUUGCUUAGUGAAUUAACAGUAGCCCGUAGGCCUAGACCUUGCCCAAACCAAGUAGACCGAUAUAACAGUAUCAAAUAUUUAACAGCAUAAGAUAUUUAUUUUACUGGGUGAGUUCUUUUUCAAUUCAGUGACAUCUACAUGAAUAAUUAAGUUACAUAUAUUGUUCAACAAAGCCUCUUUUUAUAUCGCCAUCGGUAUAUUAAGUCACACAUUAUGUUACACAAAGCUUCUCUCAUCCUGUUUGCUUAGCAUGACACUGUUCAAAUGCUGUUUGACUUCUAUGUACGUAUUGCACAAUUAAUUUAUUUGCAGAACAGUUGACUAAAACCUGGACAAGAAUAAGGUGUGUUCCAUUGUCAACGAAAGGAGUUCUGUUCUGUUGUCAACUUCCACAACGAAAGGAGUUCUGUUCUGCUGUCAACUUCCACAAUGAAAGGAGUUCUGUUCUGCUGUCAACUUCCACAAUGAAAGGCGGAGUCCAUUAUUCUCAAUGUCUGAUGACUGGUGUAACAAAAUAAGAUGAUAUGAGUAAUGACAUUAGGAAGGUAAUGCAGAAGGCUGCAGCCCUGGAAAGCUAUGAAUCACAGGAGGCUUGUGAGGGGAGGAUGGCUCAUAAUAAUGGCUGGAAUGAAGGGAAUUGUAUCAACCACAUGGAAAAAAUGAGUUUGAUACCAUUCCAUUUAUUCCGUUCCAGCCAUAUGAGCCUGUCCUCCCCGAUUUAAGUGCAACCAGCCACCUGUGCUAUGAAUAUGAUGUGGCAUGUGUGUCUAUGUUCUUUGUUAAGGACAUCAUCGUUGUGACAAUAUGAACAAUGAUGAUAUCAUACAUUUAAAGUUCUUUGAGAUUAUUUGUGUUAUGAAAAGCACAAUAAAAGUUCAAUAAAUUAUUUGUAUUAUUACUAUCAUAAUCAUUGACAUGGUGAAUGCAUUGCAGUUGACAACAGGGAUCUUUAAAAAAAGAGAGACAGGGUUUAACUGUCAGAGAUUUGUCUCGUAGAAGAAAGGCUCUGUCGAAAUGUUGACAAUAAAGGCUACUUAAUACUCUGUU